AUGUAUGAAGAAAUUGCUAAGGAGUUGAGACAAAAAACCAAUCAAAAUAUAACAGGAUCAGAUUGUGAAAACAUAUGGAAACAUCUGGAGAGAAUGUUCAAGAAAUAUGUGGACAACAACAAUAAAACUGGAAGAGGAAGAAGAGAGUUUGAGUAUGCAGAAGCAAUGGAAGAUAUUUUGGGUAAAAAACGAAACAUUCAUCCUGUUGUAUUAUUGUCAUCCGACACAAUUAUUCAUCCAACAACACAGGUGGUUACAGGAGAUAAUUCUGAAAAGGAAAAUCUGGUAGAAUUUCCUAAAACCAAGGAGCUACUCAGCACCAGCAGCAAGGCAACUGAUGUAACAGCUCCUCAAAGAAUUACAAAUAUGAAUAAAAAUAAAGAGAGAGAGAGAAAAUUAACAGAAAAAAAAGAAAAAAUGACUUUCUACAGGAAAAAAAAUUAAUUAAUAAAACAAUAUUUAGAAAGAUCUAAUCCACACCUUGAUAUCCUUUAAAAGGUUUAAUCUUUUUGUUCA